UCUUCCGGCAGUUCCGCAGCCUCGUUCUCGGGUCUCCCGCCAAUGGGCUCCGGCUCUUCCCUCCGUCUUCCCGCUCCCAUCACCAGCAGCCAAUUGCCUGUGUCCCGCGGCUUGCCCAGAUUCGUGGCUCCACUCGCCUCACCACGGCCCACCACUUCUCAGACGCAGGCUCUCGAGCCUCUUCGAACCGUCGCUGCAGCAGCCUCAGCCACCCUUCCACCGACCCAACGCCUCCGAACUGGCCUACCGAUGCGAACUCGCUUGCCAACCAGCACUCUCAUCCCCGGCUCAUCUGACCGCUCGGGUUCCGGCUCCGCAGGCACUUCAACUACCAUCCGCGCAGCCUCCACAGGGUCCGGCCUGCACUCCCACCAACUGCUGCCGCCACCGCCCAACCCUAGCCGAAGUAGCGGGCCAGUUCAGGCGCCCUCAUUCGUUCGCAGCCUUCGACUUCACGCCAAACAAUUGCCAGGGCAACAGACAUCUGGGCCUAGGAAGUAG